AUGAAGAAGGCUCAGAAAAAAACAGUUGAAAAUAUUACUACAAAAGAUGUUAAAAUAGAAGGUAGUAUGGGUGAAGGGGAUACUAAUGAAAUGCUAGAGAAUAAAGAGGUAAUCAGAGAAGAAGUGACACUUCAAAUUGAAGUUAUACAGGAAGGAAAAGGAUAUGCACUUUUAGAAAGUGAAGCGGAGGGCGAGAAAAAAACAGAAACAGGAGAAGAAAAAGAUAAUGAAAAAAAUCAACUGGUAGGAGACUUAAUAGGAAAAGAAAAUAAGACAUGGAAAUCAUGCCAGCCAAAAACUCAUGUAAUGUUCCUGAAGACUCACAAAACAGGCAGCAGCACAGUCCAGAACAUUAUUUUCAGAUAUGCAGAACGGGAGAACCUCAGUUUAGCACUCCCAAAGAAUAGGUUUACUCAUCUUCUGAACUAUCCCAGAAAUUUCUCAGCAGAUUUUGUAAAGCAGACAGCCACUGGGCAGAAGUUUGAUAUUUUAGCCAAUCACAUGAGGUUCAACUUCCCAGAAGUGUUGAAGGUGAUGCAUGAUGAUACAUUUUACUUUUCAAUUCUUCGCCAUCCAAUCCCUACAGUGAAGUCUGUUUUUAUGUACUGGAACACAGACACUGAAAUAUUCAGGAAUAGCAAAGACUUAAAUGAAUUUAUGAAGUUCCCUUUGAGUUACUAUAAACUAAAUUAUACUAAGAACUACUAUGCCAAAAACUUAAUGUGGUUUGACUUUGGGCUCAACCACAAUCAUGUUGAUGACGAAGAUUAUUUUGAAGCUGCUAUAUCAUGGAUUGAGAGCACCUUUAACCUAAUACUCAUCAGUGAGUACUUUGAGGAGUCCAUGAUCCUCUUGAAGGAGGCUCUGUGCUGGAGUAUGGAUGACGUGACUUACUUUGUUCUGAACAAGAGGAGUAAAGCAAGUACUCAGAACCUGACCCAGGAGACAAUUAGCAGGAUCAAAGAAUGGAACUCCUUAGACUGGAAACUCUAUCUGCAUUUCAAUAAAACAUUCUGGAGGAAAAUCAAAGAAAAUAUUGGGCUGGAGCAGAUGAACAGGAAGGUGCAGUUACUAAAACAAAAGAAUAAAGAGUUGAAGAAUACUUGCCUGCAAAACUCAAAAGCAACUGACCCUGCAAACGUCAUCAGCAACAUGUUUUUGCCUUUUCAACCUAAUAAAGCAAAGAUCCAAGGCUACAACCUCAAGACAGACUUAAACAACAUUACAAAACACCAGUGCCAAAGAAUGAUCCUUACUGAGCGCUGGUAUUCAAAACUAAUAUACAAUAAACAGUUUUCCAACUUAUCAAUACAAUACCAAAUUGAUAACUACAAUGAGGACACAUCCAAAUAA